AAAAUUUUAUUUCACCGAAAAAGUGAGAAGUUGUGAUUUGGUUCCGCGUUCAGAGCGCAUAUAGAAUGGCAGCUUACGCGCAGUACAACGGCUGCGGAUAUCCGACGGCGAAUCAAUACCUCUCAGCUGGCGGUGCUCUUUCGACUCUACAUCCAAUUUCACAAUCAUCGGUAACCGCUAAAACUCCUGCUCACCCACCUGCCUCGAUCAGUCCACCAUCCAAUGGGCACGACAGCAACGUCAGCAGUGCUGGUGGUGCUGAUCAGCAUAGCGGUACACUAACACCCGAUCCAGCAUCUCAGCCGUCCAAUCAUGGAACACCGAGCGCGGCAGGUAGCAGCGGUAGUGCUAGUGGCAGCAUCGACAGCAGUUCGCUGGGUCCCUAUGCGACGUGUCCGACGGCUGGUGCAAUGGCGGGUAUACCACAGCCACAACAACACCCGCUUGCUUCUUCAGCGGCAUGCUGUGAUAAUGGGCGUCCUGUUAUGACAGACCCGAUGACGGGUCAAACAGUUUGUUCAUGUCAAUACGAUCCCACCCGCUUGGCGUUGAGUAGUUAUGCACGUAUGCAGUCAGCGGCAGCAGUGGCGGCAUCAGCAGGCGCUCAAACGCCAACUGUGGGCGUCUACGGCACUCCAUAUCCCUCGAACGAACAGAAUCCGUAUCCCACUAUUAGCGUGGACAGUGGUCCGUUUUAUUCGAGUUUGAGUACGCCGUAUGCUUUAAAAGAUGGCAGCUGUAGCGGUAGUGAGGUAACAACAUGGACUUCGACGGGCUUGCCUCCCUCAACCGGUUACUACACCUACGAUCCAACAUUCGGUGCGUAUGGUUAUGGCGCCAGUUAUGAUUUAUCAUCACGUCGGAAGAAUGCAACGCGUGAGUCCACUGCAACGUUAAAAGCCUGGCUCAGCGAGCACAAGAAGAAUCCAUAUCCAACCAAAGGCGAGAAGAUCAUGCUGGCCAUUAUCACCAAAAUGACGUUGACGCAGGUGUCUACGUGGUUUGCGAAUGCGCGCCGUCGCCUAAAGAAGGAGAACAAAAUGACUUGGGAGCCAAAGAAUCGGACCGAGGACGAUGAAGAAGAUGCGUUGGCCUCGGACGAUGAGAAACAACGCCAUGGUGAGGAUAUUAGCAGUGUUGGUUGCGCAGAGCGAAGGCGGCACAUUGGCGUGGAGUAUACAAGCGGCGCCAUAAGCGUUUCAAUUGGUAACAAUGCACCAGUGACUGCCAAUGCUACGACAGUGACGGCGGCAGCGAUGACGGUAACGACGGGAGCAGGUGUCGUGGAUAGUGGCGCGAAUGGCGUGGGCGCAACAAUUCCAACUACAGCGACGGCGGCGUCGGCGUCGGCGACGACGAACCAUCAUCCGCAUGUCGGCGUGGCAGGCGCAGGCGCAAGUGUGGGCGCCGUUGGUGCAGUGCAGCCAUCGAAAGAUAUUUUAGAUUUAAUGCAAUUAAACAGGGUGCCAUCACCACCAACAACAAUUUAUCAGUCAUAUGAAAAUAUCAAGAAUACAGCUAUGCCAGAAUCCUUUACCUCCAAUGGAUACAACAACUUUGUCAAGGAAGAAUUUCUUUACAAACCCAAUGGAAGACCGCGCAUAUGGAGCUUGGCCAGCACUGCUGCCGAGGACAAACCUUCACCACAGUUUGCCAUGAAUUCCAGCACAAAUUCUAUGCAACGUGAAUGGCCAGCAAGCUAUGUGCCACCAACUUAUGCGCCUUCGUCAACAAUGAAACACACCUCGGUGGUUGCAACGAUUUCCAUGCAACCUACUUCGCCCACACUGCCUUCGCAUGGCCAGCGGUAUGGCGCCCAAUCGUCUACUGUGACGCCGCCCCAAACGCCACCAAAUCAGAUGCAUACUUUUGCAGGUACCUUUAUUCCGGGUGGAGGCUUGCAUCGAGCCAAUGGAGAUAACGUCGCCUAUAAUGGGGACAAAUGUGAGGGAUUGCGUAUUGGAUAUGCCACCACUGCUGAUAGCCUGUACUGUAAGGGUCAGGAUUGCGCGUGA